AUGCCAUUAAUUCUGCACAAUGUUCCCGACGAUGAGCGCUACGUCGGCGAGGACGGCCUUACGCGCCCUUAUGCCAUGAUCUUUGGCCAAAACGAAGGUGGCCCUUCAUCAGGCACACGCUCACGACGAACCGUAGCAGAAACCGGCUCCUUUGGCAAGUCGACGCGGCGCUCGCGAUCUCGCACUGGCACACCAGCUAGAGGCGUCAAGGAGGACCCAACGCUCGCGGCAGCCGACAAGGUCUUUGGCGACUGGAUGUCGAAGCAAAACAGCAGCAGUAAUAACAACAGCAGCAGCAAUAGCAACAGCAACAACAACAACAGCGGUUCGUCAGCCAGAAAGUCGACCGGUGUGAGCCAGGAGGACCCGGCGCCGAAGCGCGCGACACAGUCGACGCCCGUCGAGCUCACCCUCCGCGGCUACCGCUCCAACUCGCAGCAGUACGCCGCCAUCUGCCACUACGAGGAGCUGGCCGGCCGCAUCCUCGAGGACUACCCCCGCGAACCGCCCGCGACGCAGCGCCGCUACAAGUCGGACCUGCGCGACCCGGCCUACACGCGCCGCCGAAACCUGACGCCCGACGAGCGCGCCCUCGUCAACCGCAUCGACGGCGGCGAGCACUGGGUCAAGGUGACGUUUGAGAGCGCCGAAGCCGCCAACGCCGCCAUGUACGCCAGCCCGCAGCGCAUCCUGGGACACCUGGUCUACGCGGAACCCUACCGCGGCGUGCCCCUCGCCAGAGACGAAGCCUGCCCGGACACGGGCGACUUGUUUGCCGACGGGCUUGCGCUGCCGGGCGCGGGUGGCCUGUCGAGAUCGCAGAGCGCCCCUGCCAAUGUCGGUGACGCCGCCGGUCCCUCCCGACGCAUGGUUGGCGGCCUGCCCCAGUCGUUUAGCAGCCGGCUGCUCGACCUCACCGCGCCAGACACGCGCCGGUCCAGCGAUACUCUCGACACGGCCACGCUCUCGCCGUCCCGGGCUUCGACUGCGACUGUCGUUGACCCUUUUAGCGCGAGCGUCCCCGCUGCCGGGCCCGUCGCAUCAACCACAGCUGCCGAGCCCUCCUCCUCCUCCAUUGAGAUUCCUCCCGAGGACAGCAUCUUCUGCCGCCGGAUACCUACCGCGCGCCGCGCCCGUCUGCUGCCUGCCGAGCAAGCGCUGCUCCCGCAGCAGUCUGUCAUGCAGCGCUUCAUCAGCGCCGUGCCGUUUAUCAACUGGUUCGGGGGCAGCAUGAUUGGCAACGAGGUGCCGCGCACUGAGACGGGCGAAUUCGAUUGGAGCCGCGCGAGCCUGUACUGGAAGUUUAUCUGGUGGCUGGAUGCGACUUUUGGUCUGUUCAGGGGCGACAUCUACAGCAUUGACAAGGACGAGUAA